AUGCCAGAGGGAUGGAGGAGAAUUGGGCCUGUAACAAGUUCUAAGAACAAGGGAUAUAGGUAUGUUAGAGAGGUGCACGACAUUUCUAAGAGCUGUAAGACAAUAAUAAGGUUUCGUCUAGGUGUUCAGGAGUUCACGAUGGAAGAAGGACUCCAUCAAGGAUUGUCUCUGAGCCCCUUCUUUCUCUCUUUUGUGAUGGACAGAUUGACAGAUGAGGUUAGACAGGAAUCUGCUUGGAUAGUGAUGUUUGCAGAUGACAUUGUCACUGGAUCUACAGUGAGAGCUUGGAGCAAAUGGAGGAGAAUCUAUAAAGACGGAGGUAUGGCUUGGAAAGGAGCAGAUGAAAUCCAAAGCAACGAUGAGUGUGGAAAAGAAGGGAAGAAACAUGUCCGAGCAGGUUGGAACGGGUGGGGAAAAACAAGUGUUUGGCGUGAUAAAAGAGUAUCAGCAAUAAAAAAAGAUAGAGAGCUGUACAAGACAAGGGUGACACCAGCCAAUGUAUGUUGUAGAGACAGUCCUCCUAGGAAGGAGCCAGGAGACAGAGCCGGAAUGAACAGAGAUGAAGAUGGAGAGGGAUUAAAAAGGAGAGAUAGGAUCAUAGGAACAUCUCCUCUUAGUUGUGUUGGAGAUAAAGACAGAAACCAGACUGGUUGGGUUGGGUACAGAGGAGGGAUAGUGCAUAUAUUGGUAGGGAUGCUGAGGUUAGAACAGUCAGAUGACUUUAAAUGGCCUUGUCUCAAAGCCCAGGUCUCACUAGAACUGAAUGCCAGUGGAGAUCAUCUUAUCUGA